AUGUCGCUCGCGCGCGUAAUUACGUGCGCGAUUAUUAUCGUCGUCGCGGUAAAUUGUAAAUCGAGUGAAAAUGAGAUUGCGAUCAGUUAUCUGCAAAAAUAUGGGUAUCUGGAUAACAGCGGUGCACAGCGAUUUUCAUCGUCCUACAACACCACGCAGGAGUUACAUCGAGCCGUCUCACUGUUUCAAGAAUUCUAUCGACUACCAGGCGACGGCGAAUUAAACGAAGAGACGCUGAAUCGAAUGGGUAAACCGCGAUGCGGCGUCGAGGACAUUUCGGAGCGCACGUUCGCUCCGCUUUCGGACAAAUGGCCGAGGAAACAUCUCAAAUGGAACUUUCAUCUGGCCAACGAUAUAAUCUUGAAAACGACCCGAGCCGCGUUCGAUCUGUGGGCAGCAAAUUCGUCAUUGAUGUUUGAGCGCGAUUCGCUGAAUCCCGAUAUUUUGAUAUCGUUUCGUGAGGGGCGUCACGCGAUGCUAUACUCCCGACGAAACGAACCGUGUUCGUCUGCGUUCAGAGGUCCUAACAAAGAUGUUGCUCACGCGUUCUUUCCCACCGGAGACCCCAAUUUCGUCUCGGAGGUGCACGUAGACAAAGCGGAGACGUGGCACAUACAGCUGACUAAGAAUCCCCCGGAGACGUACAAUUUACUUCAAACGUUGAUGCACGAGAUCGGUCACGCUUUAAGGCUUGCUGCACACCUUCCGCGAAGAUUUGAGGACGUUUUUUCCAUUCAACACCUGUACGGCGCUAAAAAAAACGCUAAAGUUCCAAAAGUAAUAACGACGACGACACCGACGACUACCACAACGACGACAACGAUAGCAACGACGACUACGAAAGACGUCGAGAUGGAUCUGUGCACCUUGCGAAACGUGGAUACCGUAUUGAUAACGAACGGUCGAUUGUACAUCUCGCACGAACGAUACGUGUGGUCAAUCGAUAUAGACGGGAAAACGUACAAGAAACCCUUGCUAUUGACGGACUACAUGAAAUUUCUUCCUAAGAAUUUCACGCGUCUGACGGCCGCGUAUCAGAAGCCCUCGGGCAAUAUCAUGCUGUUCGCGGACAAUAUGAGCUACAUGAUCACUUAUCCGCGUCUAACGCUAGUUUCAACUUGGCCGAGAUCUUACACAGAUCUCGGAAUUCCCGAUACCGCCAGGAAGGUCAACGCCGUACUGAACACGAACGAAGGACGAACUUUCGUUAUAUACGACGAUAAUGUU